UCUUCUUCUUGAAUCCACCGAUCGAGUACUCUCUCCCUCUCUCUCCUCUCUCUCAUUUCAUUCGAUACAAAAUUAGCUAAACCCUAAACCUAACCUAACCCUAGAGGUUGUUCCCUCUUCUUAGUGGUGAAGAUGGAGAAGGAUGUGGAGAUUCCGAGGGGAAUUAGCCCGAAAUGGAAGAGCAGUUCGAGGGAAUCAUCGUUCUUCGGAGUUAUAGGAGAAAAUGAUAUUGCCGUAAAGCCAGUUGAGCCUAUCGAGAUAUACUCUGAGAGGGAUUUGACAAGGGAAAUUGGGAGAAUUUGUUCGAAUUUACAUCCAGAUAAAGAUUGGUUUGUUCGGGUGACAGCCAUGCAGACAAUCGAAGGCCUGGUGCUUGGAGGUGCUGCCAAUUAUCCAUCAUUUUGCCUUCUUCUAAAGCAGCUUGUUGCCCCAUUACACACUCAGCUACUGGAUCGACGCUCUAGCAUCAUUAAACAGGCCUGUCAUCUAUUGAGCUUCUUAUCAAAGGAACUUCUAGGAGACUUUGAGUCUUAUGCUGAGAUGUUCAUUCCGGUUCUCCUUAAGCUUGUUGUUAUAACAGUUUAUGUAAUUGCUGAGUCAGCAGACAAUUGUAUAAAAAUGAUGUUGCGGAACUGCAAGGUUUCACGUAUUCUUCCACGAAUUGUCAAUUGUGUCAAGAAUGACCGAAGUGCAGUUCUACGUGCUAGGUGCUGUGAGUAUGCACUUCUGAUACUAGGGUACUGGGCUGAUACCCCAGAAAUACUUCGUUCAGCUGAUUUGUAUGAAGAUCUGAUUAAGUGCAGUGUAGCAGAUGCCGUUAGUGAGGUGCGAUCAACUGCACGAGCUUGCUACAGGAUGUUUGCCAAAAUUUGGCCGGAGCGUUCCACUCGCCUUUUCUUGUCAUUUGACACUGUCAGACAAAAGAUAAUCAAUGAUGAAGAUGGCGAGAAGCACGAAAUAUGUGCUUCUCCAUCACUUAACAAACAAGCAAUUCAACUACUGCAAACUCCAUCUCAUGCUCCUAGCCUAAAUUCACCUGCAUGUGCUACUUCUAAUGCACUUGCAAUGGACAAGACCAUCGAUUUUGCUUCUUUAUCACAAACAAAGCUAUGGUCAAUCAGUGAUUCAGAAAAAAAUUACCAGAGUCUUCUCUCUGCUUGUAAAGAAAAGGGUCCACCAAUUGCAAUAUCCGUGAAAGCUGUAAAUGUAUCAGACAAGGAAAGCCCUCAUAUUUCAUACUUGAACAAUUCUGAUUUAGGAGUUGAUCACUUGUCUGCAAGUUUCUCUUUACAGAAUUCAGCAUUUUCUCAUGCAUCCACGGCUACUUUAAACAAGGAUAUUGUAAAUCAUGGCGAUCAAGAUUCAGAAAAUCUCAUCCCUCUGGUCCACUCGGCGAAAGAUUCUACGAAAUCACCUAACGCCGGUCAGUUAUCAUUAGAUUCCGUGUCAGCCUCUUCAUUGCCUUGUACUUCAAAAAGUUCAGAAAAGUCUCAAAAUGGGGGUGUCAUUGAAUUCACUAAUGAUAUUAGAUCAAGUAAGCAACUUUCUCAUCAAAUUGACGGUAAUUUUAUCCCCAAUUUUCGCCGACCGCUUCUAAAACAACAAGUCAAUAACUUGCUUCUGGCGACCUGCGUAAAUAGUUUUGAUGAUAGUGAGCUUUUACUGGGUGAAAUGGCUAGCUAUAUCGAUGCUCCAUCAUCUCUUAAUGAUUCUCUAGUUGAGGGCCUAAAGCCAAGUUCAGGUUGGAUUAUGAGGAUUUUCGCAUUCAAUUAUGUCCAUUCAUUGUUGCAGCAAGGACCCAAAGGAAUUCAGGAAAUUACCCAGAGUUUUGACAAGAUCAUGAAGCUCUUUUGCCGAUAUUUGGAUGAUCCUCAUCAUAAAGUAGCACAAGCUGCUUUCUCAACACUAUUGGAGAUGAUCCCAGGUUUUAAAAAGCCUUUUGAGACUUAUCUUGACAGGACUUUACCGCAAGUUUUUGGUCGGUUAAAUGACCCAAAGGAAUCAAUUAGACAAUCAUGCUCAAAAAUCUUAGACAUUGUCGGUGCAUAUUAUGGAAUUGAAUCCUUAUUACCAGCGCUUGUCCGUUCAUUCGAUGAAAAGAAGUCCCCUAAGGCAAAAUUAGCUAUCAUUCAGUUUGCAAAUAGCUCAUUCAGCAAACAAGUUAUAAAUGAUGAUGAUUAUUCUGGUCAUGGAUUUCUUAAACUAUGGCUUUCUAAGCUAGAACCUUUAUUUAAUGACAAAAAUAUAAAGCUAAAAGAAGCAGCUGUGACUGGAUUCCUAUCAAUUUAUUCAAAUUACAAUCCUGGAUCUGUUUUAACAUUUAUACUUAGCUUCUCAGUUGAAAAACAGAAAGUGCUCAGACGGGCACUUAAGCGGUAUACUUCGAGGAUAGAGAUUGAUAUAGUGAAUUUUGUUCACACUAAGAAAGACAGGCAAUGGCCAAGAUCUUUCUAUGACCAUUUUGAUUCCACUGGAACAUCUUUCAAUGAAACUUAUUGUGGAGCACCAAUGAAAGGUUCUGCUAGCAAGGAUGGUUUAAGGAAAAUGAACUCCAUGCAGCAAUGUUCCACUUCCCUCAGUCAGUCUGAUUGUGGUGAAAAUAUGCAGCUAGUUUAUCAUAACAACAAGGCUGGCUUGGACUCUCAGGUGCACAGGCACAAUAUACCAACGCAGCUCAUGAUCGCAGAUGAAAAGCUGACUUCAGAUAGUGGAACCAGCUUUCCCCAACUGCUCCAUCAGGUUAGCGGGAAUGAUCGAAAGUCAAGUUCAGACAAACAUAAGGCACUUCAUCAGUUGGCUGAAGUUCUGAAAACCAGUGAACAUUCUGCCAUGGCCAAGUGCGUCAAUCAAAUUUUAACUGUCAUGCUUGAGAUGCUGGAUGAUCCUGAUUCAUCAGUUAAAGAUCUCGCUCUUUCUUUAUCCCUUGAAAUGCUAACCAAACAGAAAAAGGUGAUGGAAGAUUCUAUUGAUACUGUUAUUCCUAAAUUGAUUCAUGCAACCAAAGAUGUCGUCGUGAAGGUUGCACAUCAGGCAGAGAGCUGCUUAAUUAUUGUGUUGACAGAGUAUGACCCGUUGAGAUGCCUAGUUGGUAUUGCUCCUUUGCUGAUCAGUGAUGAUGAAACGAUACUUAUUGUUAGCAUCAAUAGUUUGAUCAAGAUUGUAACUCGACUUUCACAGGAGGAGUUGAUAGCUCAUUUGCCUGCAUUUCUGCCUUCACUUGUUGAAGCAUUUAGCAAUCAGAGUACAGAUGUUCGUAAGACAGCUCUGUUCUGCUUGGUGGACAUCCAGACCAUGCUUGGCGAAGAAGCAUUCUUACCAUACCUGGACAGGUUUAAUAGCACACAGCGGCAGCUCAUAACAUUUUAUGCCAACGGAACUUCACGGGCGAAGACUACUGCAAGAGAUGCUAUACAGGGAUAGAAAAUAGUGCACUUAACUGCAUGUGUAAUUUUUAAUUCUAUCAGCAGCUCUUGUAUAUUUAUUUCUUGUUUACUUGAUGCCCCCUUGAGUAAUUUGUUGACAUGUUUACCCCCACACAUUAUGGCGUUUAAACGCUAAACUAGUUAAUCCGUGCUGAACGAUAAACUAGUUAAUCCAUGCUUAAGAACAUUUGACUUUCAAA